AUGCAAUGGAGGAUCAAAAAAGAUGGACUGUCUAAUUUGCAGCUCUUUAAGAGAGUGGGGUUCGGGGCAGCAGAGCGGGGCGGUGGUGGUGACGGGUGCGGGAGGGACGGCGUGAGCGAGGUCUGGGUCCCACCCGCGCCGGCAGCCAGGCGGGCUUCGAGCGUCAAGGGCGCGGCUGCGGGCGGACCCCGGGGAGGGGCUUCGCGGAGGCGCCGCAGCCCGGGAGGAGCGGAGCGGGGCCGCCGGGGCUCGGCGCACAGCGCGGCCGAGCAGGCGGUGGCGCUGCGGAGGAGGCGGCGGCGGCGGCGGCCGAGGCCGGUGGGCGCGGAGCAGAAGGAGGAGGAGGUGGAGGAGGAGGAGGAGGAGGAGGGGCCCGAGACUGAGGCGGCCGGCGGCAGCUGCCUCGGUGACGACUGCCGGCAGCGCGGCGCCCCAAGGAGAGCCAGCCGCGGGCCCCGGCGUCACCUCCUCUUCGGUGUCUUCCUCGUUCUCCUCGCGCUGCCUCCGGGGUGUCAGCAAUGGGCCCCAACCGCCGCGGGCCCCGCACCCCGCGCCGCCCGUAGGCCCCAGCGCGGAGGCCUGUCACCACCCCUCGCCCAGCCAAGCCGUUCCCACCCCCGAUCCUCGAGAGGGAAGAUGAGGGAGACGGGCCCGGCGCUCAGCAGCCAGAGCAGCAGCAGCAGCAGCAGCAGCAGCGGUCGGGGGAGGGUGUUUGGCCGUUUCCUCUCAGCCGCCAGGACAAGAUGGCAGCGGCCGCGGAGAGGGGCUGAGCCCGGGCUGGGUGGGCUGCGGCCACCCGAAGAGGGGAGAGUGCGGGCCUCUAGGAAGGUAAGGGAGUUGGGCCAGGGACACCGCCACCCGGGGAGGGUGGCCCUGACCCCCCGAGGACCCGACUCCCAGGGCGGCCCGCAGCCGUCGCGCCUAUUUGUCCUCAUCCACAUCCCCGGCGCGCUCGUGCUCCCCGUUUCCGCCCCAGCGCCUGUGUGUGCGGCUCCCCAGAGUCCCGCGCUGCCGCGCCAGGCCCGAGGCCGCGGGGGCCGCGCCGUGGUUCGUGCGCGCGGUGGCGCAGCCUUCGGGAAGCCGCCUUGGCCGGGACCGCCGGGCUCCGGCCUCCGCUUGCCAAGGUUGCGCAAGGGCUUUUCCCAGCAACCGAAGUUUUGUUUAGUCCCCACCCAGCGCGGGGGUGGCGGGGAACGACACUCUCUUCCCUCCCCCUCGGCCGCCCUAGGCCGUAACUACGGAGACCUCUUCCCUUUCAUCAAAGGGGAACGAACACCACACACGCGCGCGCACGCCCGCAACGCGCCACCGCAAGCAGCGCCCGGCGGGUGGCUGUGUGCCCUCCUCCACCCCCCCACCCCCGCCUCGCCGGGCUCGGUGGCCCCGUCCCCGGGCGGCGGGUUUGGAGGGUGUCAACCCUUGGGGACGUGCGUGCGUGUGAUUGUUGGGGAGGAGAAAUGUGAUCCGCGGCUCCGCGUCCCCAGCGGCGGCAGCGGGGGGAAGGCGUGGCGGCCGCGCGGCGGGGCUGUUGCCGGCUUCUCUCGUUACGGCGGCGGCGGCCGUCCGCUUCCCCUGCGCCGCCCCGGCAGAAGUCGCCGAAAGUCUCGGGAUGAGAACGUGUGUUUUCCUGUCGCGGGGGAGACCUGCUCUAACAUGGUAUGGCCUCACAAGUCUUGGUCUACCCACCAUAUGUUUAUCAAACUCAGUCAAGUGCCUUUUGUAGUGUGAAGAAACUCAAAGUAGAGCCAAGCAGUUGUGUUUUCCAGGAAAGAAACUAUCCACGGACCUAUGUGAAUGGUAGAAACUUUGGAAAUUCUCAUCUUCCCGCUAAGGGUAGUGCUUUUCAAACAAAGAUACCGUUUAAUAGACCUCGAGGACACAACUUUUCAUUGCAGACAAGUGCUGUUGUUUUAAAAAACACUGCAGGUGCUACAAAGGUGAUAGCGGCUCAAGUGCAGCAAGCACGAGUGGAGGCACCGCAGGUUGGGGCGUGGAGAACCAGGUUACAUUUCUUAGAAGGCCCCCAACGAUGUGGAUUGAAGCGCAAGAGUGAGGAGCUGGAUAAUCAUAGCAGCGCAAUGCAGAUUGUCGACGAACUGUCCAUACUUCCUGCAAUGUUGCAAACCAAUAUGGGAAAUCCAGUGACGGUUGUGACAACUACAACAGGAUCCAAACAGAAUUGCACCACGGGAGAAGGCGACUAUCAGUUAGUACAGCACGAAGUCUUAUGCUCCAUAAAAAACACCUAUGAAGUCCUUGAUUUUCUUGGUCGAGGCACUUUUGGCCAGGUUGUUAAAUGCUGGAAAAGAGGGACAAAUGAAAUUGUAGCAAUCAAAAUCUUGAAGAAUCACCCUUCUUAUGCACGCCAAGGUCAAAUAGAAGUGAGCAUACUGGCAAGGCUCAGUACUGAAAAUGCUGAUGAAUAUAAUUUUGUCCGAGCUUACGAAUGCUUUCAGCACCGUAACCAUACUUGCUUAGUCUUUGAGAUGCUGGAACAAAACUUGUAUGACUUUUUGAAACAAAACAAAUUCAGUCCCCUGCCACUAAAAGUGAUUCGGCCCAUUCUUCAACAAGUAGCAACUGCACUGAAAAAAUUAAAAAGUCUUGGUUUAAUUCAUGCUGACCUCAAACCAGAGAAUAUUAUGUUGGUAGAUCCUGUUCGGCAGCCAUACAGGGUUAAGGUAAUAGAUUUUGGGUCGGCCAGUCAUGUGUCAAAGACUGUUUGUUCAACAUACCUACAAUCACGGUACUA